UUUUUCCAUAUUGCAUGAUAACAUUUGUGAAAUCCCAUCUGAACGAAUUUUUCCAUAUUGAAAAUCUCGAAAUUAAUCUCAAAUACGGUUCGAAUUCCAUUGAUUCCUAUCAUAAGGGUUGUUGAAUAAAGCAAAAAUAUUCCUCCAAUUUUUCUUCCACUCAGCAAGUUUUAUGGUAAAAAUUUCUUAAUUCAAAGUGUAAUUUUGACGCAGUUGGUAAAGGGCCAUUAAACCAAGUCCGCCUUAUUAUUCAAAUGAGGAAUUAGGUAAGCCUAAUUUUCAAAAUAGACAGUGUUUUAGUUGGAUACUAAUCCACUUAUAUUCACGUAUAUAUACACACAUACAUAUGCAGGAUUCUAUGCAGUGUGGAUCUAUAGACAAGAAUCCCAUAUGGAAGGCUUAGUACCUUGUAAGAGUUCUGACAGGAAGAGAGACAGACAGCCAAUUUCUGUUCCAUUUGUUUGGGAAGAGAAACCUGGAACACCCAAGAAAGACUGGAAACCAACUGCUCGUCCGAUUAAGCCGGCUGCGCUGCCAGUCAAGCUUGUUGCAUCUGUUCCUUUUGGAUGGGAAGAGAAGCCCGGAAAACCACUUCCAUGUUUCUCACAGUCGCUACCAGAAUCAGAACCAGCACCGCCACAGACAAUGAGCAUCGACUUCUCAUCACCUCCGAGUUACUCGGAUAGUCAGGAUGAAGAUUGGUGUGGCAGCGAGGGAGACGUUGAAGAUAACAGAGAAGGUGAUCAAAUGCUGGAUUCAGAGAUAGAUACGUGCAGUUUCAUAACAGGAGAUUCCUUCAGCUCCGCUCCGUCUCUCCUCGCCAAUGGCCUGAUAUCAAGCGCAGCGCUUUCGGGUGCAGUUCCUGAGCAGGAAACUUCAUUUACACAGACAACAAUCAACGGUGGGCAAAUCCAAACUCCCUGUUCACCAGAAACAGACACUAGUACAAGCAGCUAUGCAACAGGAACCACAAGCCUGGGUGGGGCUUCUUUCUUGGAGUGGCUCUUUCCUCUACUAGCACCUCGAACGAGUUUAGUUGACAACGUUGGCUGCUCAGAGAAGGUCACCUCUCACACAGCAGAUGUACAAAAUACAGAUUUGCUACGUGAAAGCAACGGCAGUCUUGUAAGAAGACCACUGCUGACACUUGGAGAGAUGAUAAUGAUGAGCCGAAGAAUGAGUUAUAGAAGGAAAGCAAAUAAAAUCCAUAAACAGCCAUCUAUGGAACUUGUGAAAGGGAACGCCUUGGGUUGCUGCAUCUUUGGACCUGGCAACGGCAUCAGUAGAUUACAUUGGAAGUGGAAGAGGCAGCUGCAACUAAAACUGAUGUAGAAAAGUUGGCACUCUGGCUUAUUGUUCCAUGCAAUUAAUUGGAGUCAAACUCCAGUUCAUUCCAUUCUGAAAUUAGAGCAUGUUAAAUUAUUACGAGUUUCUGCAUGUAACGAAAAGAUUUAAAUUACUUCAAUAAUAUCAGGAUUGUGACUCCAA